AUGGGCUCCGCGGCGGAGGCGCUGGACGACGCCGAGGCCGAGGAGGCCGAGGAGGCCGAGGAGCACUCGGAGGACACUCCAGCGCCCACUGCAGGAGAGCCCCCCGCGCCGGCGGCCUCUGCGUCGGAAGACGGUGCCGACGACGGCGAGUACCAGUUCGUCGGCUGGGAGACGCCCUCCGGGGCGCGAGACGCCUGCCAGAAGGUCGGGCGGCUCGCCAUGCCGAAGACGGACCAGGAGAAGAAGGGCGUGCUGCAGGCCGUCAAGAGGGCCAUCGCCGCCGGCGACAUGGAGGACGGCUGGCCCCGGAACGCCGUCUGGCUCGCCGGCAGGUGGAACACCUCCUCUGAGAAAUGGGAGUGGGACGAUUCCACUGACAUUCCAGAGCUCGCUGGGCAGAAG